AACUGGAAUUAAUGUGGCGUCGUUAACCUAUACUGGGCGUGAACGGACGAACGUAAUGAUUACCACGCUACUCUGCUAUUAUUUGAAAUGGCCGCAAUCGGGAAGUAAUAUAUUUUUUUACGAAUAAUCUUAUACAUCAAUGUCAAAGAAAAGAAUUAUUCGCGGUUCGGGUUGAACGAAUAGAUCGUAGAUCAGUUCGUUCGAUGUUUAUUAGAAGCAUUCCGGUGGCAGCACUUGCAUGAAAUUGUUGUACGUCAAAAAUAUUAAACGCUUACCGAGAGAAGUUUUUUUUUUCUUUACAAUUGCAAGAACAGAAAGGUUAUAGGAUUGAACUUACUUGAAUACGAGAUUCAUGUUUUUAAGGUAAUGAAGAAGAAUCGUUAUUUCUAUGGUGGUUACGGAAAAGUGGCUGGUGCCAGUUAAUCCAAUUCCAUAAGAUAAUGGAGAAUCAAAGCCAUCAUAAUCAGAUUCUUCAGACACAUCAAUCUUUUUGGAAAAAAAAUACUAGAGCUGUACCAGGCAGGCCAAGUCCCAAACAAGAUGUUAGACACGAUAAAAUAGGUACGACAACGAUUACGUCCAGCAGUUUGUCCGGUACAGUUUCAGUCGGUAGUGGUGGCAGUACAGGUGGAGGAAGUGGUUCUACAUCUUUUCAAGAUUUCCAGGAGAGCGUGGAUGAUGCUUGGGAUUCUGGAGAUGAUGAAUUCUGUACAGUUUCUGACGUAAAAAUAUCAAAGAGAGUUAGUCAUUCAGCUGCACUUAGUGUAAUUAACAGUCAUAGAUCAGGCACUGCAAGCAAAGAAUUACAAACAAAUCCUAAAUUAGUCCAGCGAACUCAAGAAAUCAUUCCUGAAGAAAAAAAAGCAGAGGCUCUCCAAAGAUUAGCUGUCCAGCCAUUGCAUCUAAGGAAUGCUAACUUGUCUGUUUAUCCUCAAAUUAAUAACAGUCAGCAUUCUACAGAAAAUUCUGAUUUCAAAUUUGGUCAGAAUACUUCUCCCCAACAUAGGCCAACGCAAUUUCCUGGUAGACCACUUCCAUUAAGACAAACAAAUUCUUCUACAAAAUUUUUUAUACCUUCAAAAGAACAAGAUGGAGAAAGUAAAAUAGAUAAAUUUCAAUCUCUUUUGGAUGCAUCUGUAUUAAAUUUAGAAGAAUUAAGACAGUUAUCGUGGUCAGGGGUCCCAGCAAAAUUACGAUCUGUUACCUGGAGAUUAUUGUCUGAAUAUCUUCCAGCAAAUAUAGAAAGGAGGCAACAUGUCUUAGAACGUAAACGUUUAGAUUAUUGGAAUCUAGUAAAACAGUAUUAUGAUGUGGAAAGAGAUGAAGGAUUCCAGGAUACAUAUCGUCAAAUUCAUAUUGAUAUUCCAAGAAUGUCACCCCUUAUCUCAUUAUUUCAACAAACAACUGUACAAUUAAUUUUUGAAAGAAUACUUUAUAUAUGGGCUAUUCGACAUCCAGCUUCUGGCUAUGUGCAGGGUAUGAACGACCUUGUUACUCCCUUCUUCUUAGUAUUUUUGCAAGAGGCUAUACCAGUAUCAGCUUGGCAAGAUAUAGAAAAUUAUGAUUUGGCAUCUUUAAAAAAAGAACAACGUGAUAUUAUCGAAGCAGAUAGUUUUUGGUGUUUAUCAAAGUUUCUCGAUGGUAUUCAAGAUAAUUAUAUAUUCGCCCAAUUAGGAAUACAACAUAAAGUGAAUCAAUUAAAGGAACUUAUUCAAAGGAUCGAUGCUCCUUUACAUCAACAUCUCCAUCAACAUGGAAUAGAUUAUUUACAAUUUUCUUUUCGAUGGAUGAAUAAUUUAUUAACCAGGGAAAUUCCAUUGCAUUGUACAAUUCGUCUAUGGGAUACCUACUUAGCAGAGUCCGAUCGAUUUGCUUCGUUCCAACUUUACGUAUGUGCAGCUUUUCUUCUUCGUUGGAGACGUCACUUACUCUUACAACCUGAUUUUCAGGGCUUGAUGUUGAUGCUACAGAACUUGCCUACACAAAACUGGACAGACUCAGAAAUAGGUAUUUUGGUUGCAGAAGCCUAUAAAUUGAAAUUUACAUUUGCAGAUGCACCUAAUCAUCUGCAAGCUCAUGACUCCAGAUUAAAAAGAUGUAAGAGUUUGAGCCACGUCAAUUCAUCGAAAUACUUUAAUCACUCACCAGCGCGAUAAUGUCAUCGUAUCUAUUAAUACAUCAAAGGUAAGUAUACAUUUAUUAUAAUAAACUUUUCUUGUUUUUACAAUGUUACGAAUAAAUAUAAUUACAUACAAAAUGUUAUCUAUCUCAUAUUAUUUAAAGAAUA